AUGCCGUCGACAAACAUUGGCAAAUCGUGGGAUUACCGUGGGACUUCUGGCCCAUCUCUAUCUUAUGCCAUGGGGGGAAAAAGUGAUGCUGUACUCUCUUUUGUCAAUGACUUCCUUCUUGCGAAUUAUUUUUUCGUCUUGCCAUCUGCUGAUAUAAGUCAUCUUGGAUUCUUCAUCUAUUGUACCUUUUCCAUCCCAACCACGUUGAAUCGAUUCUCGGGUGGUAACCAAACGUUUGUCACCCAAAGAUUGGGCACCCGCAUUCAACCGGAGGAAACCCCUCUCGUCAUUGUAGACCAUGGGAGGAAAGGAUCAAAAGAACAAUAA